AAGACUUUUUCUUGACAAAAUAUUCAAUUCCCCCCACUUUCAACUUCCUCUCUAACAUCUUCUGCUAUUCUUGUUGGCUGCAUAUUCUCUCCCAAAUAUCAAAGUUUUUUUCAGGAUCCAUAUAAUCCCUGAUAAUCAAAUCCUGAAAGAUCAAGUAUGUUUGGGCACAAGAGACCUCAUCUUCACAAGACGGCUAAACAAAACUCAGUCCCAAGUCAACCUACUGCAAAUCCGUUUGAUUCUGAUGAUGAAAUUGAUAAAAGGUCAACUCAGAAACCGUCGAACAGAACUUCAUCCGAACCUUCUUCAUUGACCCAAAAUUCAACUGUCAGUCUUUUUGACGAUAACGAGGUUAAAGCAAAGUCAUAUGCAUCAAGAAACAAAUACAAGAAUGAUUUUGUUGAUUCUGGUGGUGUAGAGAACCAAAGUGUGCAAGAAUUGGAGCAUUAUGCAGCGUAUAAGGCCGAAGAGACUACAAAGGCUGUAAAUAGUGCAUUAAAGAUUGCAGAAGAUAUCAGAGAAGGUGCCACCAAUACUUUGGUAACUUUGCAUCAACAAGGUGAGCAGAUUAACCGAACCCACAUGGCUGCAGCCGACAUCGAGCAGGAUCUCAGUAGGGGCGAGAAGCUCUUAGGAAGUCUUGGAGGCAUUUUUUCUAGGACAUGGAAGCCAAAAAAGGGCCAGACUAUAAAAGGACCAACAAUGAUCAGAGAUGAUCCUGAUCGGAAGAAGGGUAACCAUUUGGAGCAAAGAGAAAAACUUGGACUUACAACCACCCCGAAUAAGGGGCAAUCACGUUCAAGAACUCCACUCCCCGAGUCUGCGGAUGCAAUGCAGAAAGUUGAGUAUGAAAAAGCAAAGCAGGAUGACGGGCUCUCUGAUUUGAGUGAUAUACUGGGGGAGCUGAAGGAAAUGGCUGUUGACAUGGGUUCUGAGAUUGAGAGGCAAAACAAAUCACUUAAUCCUCUUCAGGAUGAUGUUGAGGAGAUCAAUUUGCGAGUGAGAGGCGCGAAUCAACGUACUCGACGCCUGCUUGGGAAAUAGAUUGAAGUAUUGAACCGUCUAAUGCCUCCGUAGUUCCUUCAACAACUUCACUUAAAUUCUUUUUUAUAAAGAACUGUUAGUCCAAUGUCAAUUAUCUGAACAACAAUCGUGCUAUUCUGAAUUUGUUACCUC